UGGCUAUCACAAUGGCAGGUGGCGUGGUGGGUAAGAAUUCUUGUCGAAAAGAUUAUCCUGGGAAGAUGACUCUCUUUGUCUUCUUAACAUGUCUAGUGGCAGCAACCGGAGGUUUGAUCUUUGGCUAUGACCUAGGAGUCUCAGGGGGUGUGACGGCCAUGGAUCCUUUUCUUAUAAAGUUCUUCCCAAGUGUAUACAAAAUGGAGGAGGCAAGCCAAAGCACAAAUCAAUACUGCAAAUUCAAUUCUGAGUUUCUAACAUUGUUCACAUCCUCUCUUUAUGUGGCUGCAUUAUUUGCUUCAUUCAUUGCGAGCACAGUUACAAGAGUAUUUGGAAGAAAAUGGUCCAUGUUUUGUGGUGGUAUUACCUUUUUGGUUGGUUCCGCAAUCAAUGGUGCAGCAGAGAACCUCUUCAUGCUCAUCCUUGGUCGUGUUUUCCUAGGUAUCGGUGUUGGAUUUGCCAAUCAGUCCGUCCCUCUUUAUCUCUCUGAGAUGGCUCCAGCAAAUCUUCGUGGCAUGCUCAAUAUUGGCUUCCAGCUCAUGAUCACCAUUGGUAUUCUUGCUGCCAAUCUCAUCAAUUAUGCAACUGCUAAGAUUGAGGGAGGAUGGGGUUGGCGUGUUAGUCUUGCUCUCGCUGCUGUUCCUGCAGCGAUCAUCACUAUCGGUUCAAUUUUUCUCCCAGACACACCUAACUCCCUCAUUGAACGUGGUUAUGAGGAAAAGGCCAAGUCCAUGCUAUGCAAGAUUCGCGGCACCGAAGACAUUCAAAUGGAGUAUGACGACAUGUUGGAAGCAAGUAAAGAGGCUAAGGCUAUCCAACAUCCCUGGUCCAAUAUAUUGAAGAGGAAGUAUAGACCCCAGCUCACCAUUGCCAUCCUCAUUCCUUUCUUCCAACAGCUCACUGGCAUUAAUGUCAUCAUGUUCUAUGCUCCAGUGCUCUUUCAGACUAUUGGAUUUAAAGAUGAUGCAUCUCUGAUGUCCGCCGUUAUCACCGGACUUGUCAAUGUUUUUGCCACCUUUGUCUCUAUAAUAUUUGUGGACAAAGUUGGAAGGAAAAUGCUCUUCUUGCAAGGCGGAAUACAAAUGUUCAUUUGCCAAAUCUUUGUUGGAUCAUUAAUUGCCAUAAUGUUUGGAACAGGUGGCCAGGCUGAGAUAUCUAAAGAUUAUGCCACUAUGGUUUUGGCCUUCAUCUGCAUCUAUGUUGCAGGAUUUGCAUGGUCUUGGGGUCCUCUAGGGUGGCUUGUUCCUAGUGAGAUAUUCCCUCUAGAAAUACGUUCAGCUGGACAAAGUAUCACCGUAUCCGUUAACAUGUUCUUCACUUUUGUCAUUGCACAAGUGUUUCUCAUGAUGCUUUGCCAUAUGAAAUUUGGUCUCUUCUUCUUCUUCGCCGGGUGGAUGGUGAUCAUGACCAUCUUCAUUUUAUUCUUUUUACCGGAGACUAAGAAUGUGCCAAUAGAAGAGAUGAUCCUUGUAUGGAAGCGCCACUGGUUUUGGGGUCGGUUCAUCAAUGAUGAGGACAUUCAUGUCGCCAAUGAUGUGGUUGGAACAAUGACAUGAAUAUAAGAUGUAAACCUACCAUUGUACUUGUUAAAGUUUCUAUGAAUCGUUCAGCCAAAUAUUUCUUAAGAAAUGAAGCUUAUA